UAAACAAACCUGCCGAUUAGUAAAAAAUUAUACUUUACUCAUAUUCACCUACAAAAACCAACUGAUACCCGACCAAAUCCAGCUUGUCGACACAAUGCCAUUGCAUGAUAAAUGGAAAUUGCCACUAAAGACAAAGUUAUAUGUAUAUGUCAGCCACUUUCUUUCUGCAUGGGGCGACCGAAUGUGGUCGUUUGGUGUUGGAUUAUUUCUAAUACGACUUAAUCCAGGAUCACUAAGACUUGUAGCAAUUUAUGGGUUUUCCAAAGGAGCAUCUGUGCUUCUGUUUGCGGCAAUAAUUGGAGACUGGAUUGAUAAUACGCCAAGACUUAGGGCUGCAAGACUAUCACUAGUUCUACAGAAUAUUUUAGUAGCAUUAUGUGCAGGUAUUGUUUUUGUUGUGGUGUGGUAUCAUGAAACUUUACGAACAUUAUGGCCCGACGAAGGUGCAUUGACACUUUUUCAUGCCCUUAUUAUAGUGGUAGCUAUUCUUGGCGAUCUUGCCAGCAUUGCGCGGUCAAUAUCGGUGGAGAGGGAUUGGAUCGUGGAAAUAUGCGGGAGAGAUAAAGAUCUAUUAGCUACAAUGACCUCUAGGAUGAGAGCAAUUGAUUUAACCACAGCCAUUUUAUCACCUGUAGCCACUGGACAAAUAGUUUAUUUCAUUGCUUUACAAUAUGCGGCAGUUUUUAUAGCAGGAUGGAAUCUGGUUUCUGUCUUCAUUGAGUACUUCCUAAUAUGGAAAGUGUACAUGGAAGUGCCUGCACUUAAGAGUAAAAUGUUCAAAACGAGAAAAGACAAAGUAGUCGCCGAUGAAGCAGAAUUGCUGUCUACGGAUGAAGGCAUUCAACUCGAUGACAAAUCUCAGCAAGAACAAAUAUCACAAGCAUCAAAUAUAGCACAGGAAAAGACAGAGAAAUGUAUCAGACCAUCAAGAGAUGAAGACGACACAACAAAGGAAGAUAACUCUGUAGAGAAAGACGCAUGUAAUCCAUGUCUAUAUAAGAUGUUUAAAAGCUUUAUUUUGCUAGUUAGAGGAUGGAAAACAUACAUGAAGUAUGAUGUUGCAUUCGCUGGUUUGGGAUUAGCAUCUUUAUAUAUGACAGUGAUAGGUUUUGAUAGUAUUACUGUUGGAUAUGCGUAUGCUCAAGGAAUAUCUGAAUCUCUUCUUGGUGUAAUGAUGGCUGCAGGGUCUAUAUUUGGCAUCGCGGGCACAUUUGCCUAUCCAAGGAUCCAGAAGAGAAUAGGUUUGGAACGGACAGGACUGUUUGGGCUUGGAUUUGAAAUAUUUAGCCUUUGUUUCUGCGUAGCAUCCGUAUUUGCUCCAGGUAGCCCAUUUGAUCUCUUGUACAGAACGAGAGAAAAUGACCGUUCAAACAGUAUUGUUUCUUCAGUACUUGGAAUCGAUAACAAUACUAUCAAUAGUAAUUUGACAGUUACUGUAACUUUGCCAACUAGUAUUGUUAGUAAUUUGACAGUUAAUGAAACUAUGCCCACUAGUCAGGAAUCAAGUGAUCCAACAUCAUAUAUAUCCAUUGGGUUAUUUCUUGGAGGGCUGAUUACUGCUAGAUUUGGACUAUGGAUUGCUGAUUUAACCAUCACACAGAUGUUCUUACAAGCAGUUGUUGAGACUGAGCGAGGAAUUAUAAGUGGUAUCCAGCGUUCUUUGAAUCAACUUAUGGACAUGCUUAAAUUCUUAAUGGUCAUCCUUGCACCGUACCCACAAGAAUUUGGACUCUUAGUCCUGAUAUCGUUUGUCUUCGUUUGUAUGGGCUGGAUAUUUUAUGCAAGAUAUUCGUAUUCAGUCCGGGGACAUUUAUUUCAUUUUGACAAAUUAUGUCCGGAUAAACAAAACAAUAACAUUCUCCCUGAAACAGGGAAUGGUAAUAAAGGUAAUGAAGAAAUAAACAACGAACCAAUCGGGAAAAAUACUGUAUAGGUUACAACAAAACAGAAAGUGUUAAAAUAUGUUUUAUUCUACUGUGUGAUGAAUGGGUGCCAAUGUAUGAACUGUAAAAUAAUUAGAAUCUCCGUUGAGGUGGACAUCCUGAUUUAUAUAAUUAGGAUCUCUCUUUAGGUGCACUUCCUGAUCUCUCAUUUUUACCCUAGUCAUUUUAUUCAUUCCCGGUGAAACCCUACGAAGACUUUCAGAAAGUCUGGCAUUGUUUUUCCUUGAAUUGUUUAUUAGACUUAGGGAAACUUCAGUACCAGUUUUAAGGUAAUCUAUUUUGUUAUUUCUUUCGAUUGUUAUCAUCUGUUUUUGCAGUUUUUUCCUCAGUUGUAUUGGGGAAUACUUUUACAUUUCUUUCACUAAAUAUUUAAAUAGGGCACCCAAAGGUGCUUCUGAUACAUAUUAGAUUUAAUAUGGGUAUACAAAAGCACAUGUUAUUAUAUUUAUUAAACAGAAGAGGGAAGUAUUCCACGAAGCGAAAUUAUGUUUUUCUCUAUAUUUUUAAGUUUCAUUCAUGAAGUUGAACAAAAUAAUAUAAGCAUAAAUUAUCAUUUAGAAUUUUUAUUCUUUAUUGGAAUAUGAUCAACAACUUAAUUCAAAUGCAACAACGUGCUUGUGUUGAGCUGAUAACUGACCAAAUAUCUGAGUCUAAUAGCUUAUCUAUUUUCAUAAAUUUUUAUUUAAUAUUUACCUCUGCAUUUAUUUUUUUAGAAAAAAAACUUUUAUUUAAUAAUACAGUAACACAUUCUGAGAUGGUUGAAUUAUUGAAGAAAAAAAAACAUCCAUUAUAUGAACGGUGCUAAUAAUUGGUUAUGCAUCCUUAUGUCUCUAGUUUUUAUGCGUUGACCGUAUGGAACAGUUUUGGAGGUAACCAUUGUUUUUGAAAGUCAUACUGACUUAAGACGACUGUAUGUAGAAUUUUCAGUGUUUUGUUAUUUUCUCAAUGAGUUGAUAAUCUGUAGAAUUGUUUUUAAAGAGGUUAGGUAUUUGUAGAUUUUGUUGAUGUUGUUUUUUUUCUUUUUUUUAAACUGCUGUUCAGAUCAUUAUUUAUAUCUUUAUACAUAUUUUAGUCAUACCUUAUACAUAUUUUUGAAAUUCUCGCACGUAUUUUCUAUUUGCAUACACGAUUAUUAGGCAAUCAACAUGCAUUGCUGGAAAAUAUAUACUUAUUUGUUCUAGAUGGUGGAAACGCAAGCCUUUGUGAUAUAUUCCAGUUUCUUUCAUAUCGGAUACAAACGUUUGAUCAUUUUCUGCAAUUAACAUAAAUUUUGUUUAUACUACAGCUUCAUGUAUGUCAAAAAUAUUCAAUCAAAAAUACAAACAAACGAAUGUUAAUAAUUUGAUUGAAAUAUUUUCUAAUAGGGUGUUUACAUUAUUAUUUGUAUAGAUCAUACAAUUGUUCGUACGCAUCCAUUUGACACAUAAUAUAUAUAUAGUAAUAAUGUGAUAUCAGUUACCAGUGGUGGAUGCAGGGGGAGAAGAAGGCUUACGCCCCUCAACUUGGUGGCCAAUUUUUUUUUUUUUAAAUCAUGUUUUUUAGUAUAGAUAAAGGCAACAGUAGUAUAACGCUGUUCAAAAGUCAUAAAUCGAUUGAGAGAAAAAAAAUCCGGGUUACAAACUAAAACCGUCCAAUUUUUUUUUCAGUAUCUUCAGUAUAUAUUAAUUGUCAGGAAUUACGCCCCAUUUCAAAAAUCCUGGAUCUUUUGAGAUGUCCUUUUGUGUCCUGUUUAAUUAACAUUCGUAAUGAUUAUUUUGUUAAACAUUCAUAUUAUAUAGUUUACUCUUGUCUUCAUUUGACCCAAGGCGUUCACAUGAAUUUGGUCUUUUGACUACUGGCAUUCAAACCAUUGUUAAAGCGGGGUGUCCAUUUGUCUGAUGGGGAUGUAUAAAUUAACAGCCAUGUUCGGUCAGAAUGGAAACUUUAUUGCCAAUGGGAACUUUAUAGCUGAUGUCUCGUGUAAAGAGAUAGUGCCACGCUCCUUGCCCGUUAAAAAACCCUGGCAAAAACUCUUUGAGGAGUCCGACUGUGACCUGUUGCACGGCUUUAUAUAAAUUCUUGCCUUACCUUAUAUAUCCCCAUUUCCAAUAUCUUUCAAAAUGUUCUUCCUUUCAUUCCGGUCGAACCCCUAUUGCAGGAACUAUCUUUUGUAUUAAUUGUCAAUUUGUUUUCGAACAUAACAUGUAUGGAAUAUUUGCCACUGAACAUAAAACAAUCAAUCAAUCAAUUCUCUUCAUUUUGCAUUAGUUUUCUCGAACAUACCAUUGAUUUAGUUUACUUUAUUAUUUCUGUUCUUGUAAGUAGACAUGAAACUAACCUUCAGCGGUAUUGACAGUUUAUAAUAAUGAAUGCCUUUCGUAUAAGUUUCAGAAAAAAACAUAACCUUAUUACACCUUUUUCAUUGAAAGAAGACACGGAAAAUAGUAGUAUUCACGGUAAAAACAUUUUUCAAAUGGCCCCUAAAUUCGCCUAUGGAUAUAUGAACGUCACUCGUCUGAAGUAAACCCAUACUCAGGUUCGGUCCUUUUCUUUGUUAAGUACAGAGGCGGAUUUAGGGGGCCAGGUUGCCGGGGCCCCCUUUUGUGGGAAACAUUUUGUUGAUUAUUUAGGGACCACUGAAGCAUGACUGGAGCGGGGCCCCUCUUAUGGCAGUCAGAGAUUCCCCCCCCCCC